AUGCGCCUCUUGUUUGAGGGGGCUGAAGACACGGAGUUUGUCCAAUGGGCCUCCCACUCUUCUGUUAAGCUUAUUGUCCCAGCAUCUAGCGGUAAUGGCUGGCUUCUACGUACUGCUCGGAAAUUUUUUGAGAUCCCAUCAGAUAGUGGCUAUGGGAGCUCAAUACAGACAGGCCCUGCUAGGACGGAUGACAUUGCAUCAAGACUUGAGCCAUCAGAGACUUCCGGCUAUGAGUCGAGCGAGUCUGGCGCAUCAACCGCAAUCGCGACAAGAGAAGGCCCAGGAGACGAUUCAGAUGAUAUAACAGACAUGGCCACCGCGCUAUACCACUUGCGAUUUGGAUCAAUGUCUUUGCCAUCCCAAGAGUCCACUGCAUUAACCGACUCUUUUGACAUUCAACACGAACGAUCCGUGAGUGAAUCAGCAGCUAGCUAUAAAAGUGUUGGUUCCGACCAAUCAGUUAGCACGAAGAACUCGUUUCAGUCCCACAUGAGAACACUAUUCGGUGACAUUGAUGACUUUGUUUCAAAGUAUCCAGGGCGGUUGUUUUCGCAGAUUAAUGAAUUUGCCAACGCUGCUGAUGAAGCACAGAACCUAUUGUACACUGGACCAGGAGGAGAAAACUAUUAUGGCUCUGUGUCUGGGUCUGGAAGUUCUCCCAACUCUGAUCAAGCAAAUUCCAAUAGCACAGGCCUAAUUUCACACAUUCCAGGAAGCGGUAAUAGAGGCAAUGAUAACGAUGACGAUGGGUCUCCGAAUCAAAAUUUAAAUUGGAAUAUGCAUCAGCCACAUCACAGUGGCCCGAGGGAGUUUGCGUGCCCAUUCUACAAGCGCGACCACGAGAACCGGGAGUUGAGAGACUGCUCAAAGAAGAGAUUUUUGCAGUUUUCCCGCCUUCUAGAGCACAUCAAGAGGGCGCAUACGCUAAACAAACUCCAAUGCGACCGUUGUUUGAGUCAGUUCACCAGCGAACAUCAAUACGAUUUGCAUGUAGGCAGCACAUCUAUAUGUGAGAUGUUGAACCAUGGGAAGAUAGGCCAGGCGACAUAUGGCGUGUUAAGCUCCAGAUCGUUGUAUAGAGGUAUGGAUCCAGAGAAGAGGUGGAUUCAAACUUAUUGUCUGCUCUUUCCUAGCGAGGGCACCGUGCCUAGCCCUUACUACGAAGACCGAUGUCACUACCCACUCUCUUGGGAUGAUGCCCAUCUUCUUGAUUAUAUCAGGAUGAGGUUUCCAAGCGAAAAUGAAUCGACAGUUCCGCAGUUGGAUACAUUUCUCCAGUACCCCCCAGCUGAGAAUUCAUUAAUGGACGAAAAUAUUCGCAAGAUAGGAGAAGUAUCAGAAGAUUUUAAUGGGCCGAGACCAACGCAACCUGCCGACCACAUUACCGAGCCCGAAAUACUCAAUCAAGAUAACCCCCAGUUAUCCCAUCCAUAUAACGACACUUUAUCGCGGGAGGGCACCUUAUCCACUGAAGGUUUUGACUGUGGACAAUGGGAGCCUGUCUUAGGGAGAUACCCAAACAAGACGAAGGAUGGACUAGGGAAUAUCUGUGUUUUAGGGUCACCGCCACCCGAAAAUACCUUUUCACAUGUUGCAAUAUCCGAGACAUGCGACACUCAUCUGUCUUCACCAUCAAUCAGAAGUUCCGGCCACGAGUCUUCUGAGCAGCAUCAGAAUCUUAAUCAUGAGUUUACCUUACAUCAGCUGGCAACGGCGGUACAAAACGAAUGA